CAAGCAUAACACAACCAGUCUUGAUGUUGACUUUCGAGUAACGAUCACCUUGCACAAGUUCACAUAGUCCUUGCAACAGGAUAUUUCGCAACGAUUACUAUGAGUCAGUGGAAAGUUUGAAAGUCUGGAUAUAUUUACAAGUAUAUAUUUACAGGGAGGUGUAUUGCUGUCUUGUCCCGCUGGCAGAGACGAAGGUUGCUAAGGCAGCAGCUUCAAGUACAGACGUUGACCACAGAUACCGUUAAACAAGAAACAUGGCGUCCAUAAUAAAGACGUUCAACGCGGUCUCCGAGAGAUCAGGCAAAACUGGCACACUCAUUAGCACCGCUGUCGGCCUUGCAGUUCCAAUUGCCAUGAUAGCAAUGGGACUUAUCCACAGGGAGGACUGCCCUGCUCAGAAGUACAUCGCUAUCUACCUGAUCGUAGCAGGAGCCUUCGCAGCGAUCAUGUCUGUACUGCGACUAGCGGUUAAGAUGUGGUGCUCGGACUCAGAUGGAAACGUACCUUUACCUUUUUCAAUUGCUAACGGCGUCAUCGCAAUCUUCCUGUUAGCCUGGUUUAUUGCAGGCAACGUGUGGGUUUACGGCCUGUACGGCAAGUACAACCAAACAGACAUCACUGCCGACAACUACUGCAAGCACGACUUCUACUUGUUUGCAUUCUGGCUCAUCACGGCUGGUUAUAUUCUUCUCGGAGCCUGCAUCCUUCUGGGCUGCUUCGUUGCCUGCUGUUGUCGAAAUUAGUCGACCACACCACUGUUUGGCUGGUUUGACUUGCACAAUGAAGCCUUCGGGAUAAUGAUGUUUAUUUGAAACACUAAAUGAAAAAACAAUGACAGUUGGCUACAGUUGGCAAUUUUGUACGUGCUUUCUUAAGAGAUUGUAGUAUGUGAAUAUCUUAUUUGUGUGUGGAAGCGAGGUCUAUACGUGCAAGGGUAUGUGGCUAUUUCAAGAUUAGAGGCACGCUUGCAAUCGAGCUGUUCUUUCAUGAACGGUCGAGAUGUUGGCUUUGUGUAGCGAAUACACAAAGCAGUUCAACGUCAUGAAUCAGUGUGAAAGAAGUGAUAGUGAGAUGACAUAUACAGUAUAUACGAGAAGGGGAACUUUAGUCCAUGCGUUACGUCAGGCCUUCUGAUUCGAUUACCAUUUUGUAGUGUGUUCUUAGACGAGCUGUACAAAUAAUAUUUGUUAUCACAUUUCAUUUUAGGAACUGUUAUAUUCUGGAGCCGAAAGUAGAAUAUUGUUUGAACAUAAUAUGAAAACAAAAAGCCACGAUAACACAUACCAUUAUCCAUACUUUACUUCCAGCUUCAAAUUAUAUUGAAAUAUGAUUAUUUUUAGCCUUGGUCACAUGUGUAAAACCUGGAAGUAUCUCUAGAAGUGAUUACAAAGAGGUUUAGAAUAACCUUUUCCGUAGUUUACAUUUCGUUGCUUGUCAGUUAGGUAUAGAUGUGUCAUGAUUAUAUUGCAAAGUGUUUUCUUGUGCUUACCGUUGCAAAUCUGUACACCAAUGCCAUUUAUAAAGGCCUUUUUUAGCACUUCUUACAUUAAAUAUUAUUUAUUAGGGUUUAGCAUUAGGGUAUUUGAUACCGUCUUUUAUAUCGUGGUUUUGCACACAUGGUCUUUAUUGAAUAAAAAUGCAAAUGUAA